ACAAAAAGCCCCCCAUGCAUUUAAAUCCUAUCACUGCACACUCUGCCUAACCUACGCACCCCCAUACUCCCCCUCCCCUACACUGUGCUUGCUUGUACUCUUCCCACUGACAUUAAUGGAUCUGUUAAAAGCUAGCUGAAGAGCUAUAUACCUCCUUUAUAUCUGUAGCUGCUUCACCUAUACAUAUUUAUAAAUAAAUUAGUAUACACAAUAUUUGACAAAUAUAUUAAAUAAUAAUUUUAAAAAGGACUAUAUUUGCUGUUACGUAUCAGUUUUCGAUCUUAUGUCAUAUCAUAAUUGUUCCGGUUGUAUCGCCGAUUCGAUCUCCGAUCGGUUGCUCUGCAUCGCAUUUUCAAAUAAGGAAGAGAAUCAGAUCGGCGAUUUUCUUUCUCUGAAUCGCCGAUUUUUUGAGAGAUCGUCGUUGUAUUGUUCAGCAUUGAUGGAUUUGCAAUAUGUGAGAUGAAUUGAGAUUUUUUCCUUUUUAAAGUUUUAUUUUGUUUUUUGAGGAGAUGAAUCCACUGUGUUGCAUUGCACCGGUGUCGAUCGAUCGCGAUAAAGCAAAUCCGGCGGUGGUAAAGUCACAGUCCGUGACUCAAAGUCAGCUAGGGUUUGAUAACAAUGCGGCUGUGAAGCCAUUGAGUUUCAGCUCGAGACAAAGCUUUUCUAAUGCACAGGUGAAUGCUGAUUCGGAUUCGGGUUUGGUUCAUGAAAUCGAAGACAACUGGAAUGAUUCGAGAGAAUGUAGUAAUAAAGGUUACAGCUGUGGAAAUGGAAGUGUUAGUGUAGCUGGAGUGUUAUAUAAAUGGGUGAAUUAUGGGAAAGGAUGGCGUGCGAGAUGGUUCGUGCUUGAAGAUGGGGUGUUGUCCUAUUAUAAGGUUCAUGGACCGGAUAAAAUUGCUCUGAGUCCAGGGAAAGAAAAGGGGUUAAAGGUUAUCGGGGAUGAGUCUUGGAGGUAUAUGAGGAAGGCUAACAAUCGACCGUAUGGAUCCAUCAAGUGGAAACCAUUUGGGGAAAUACAUUUGAAGGUCUCCUCAGUCCGGGCGAGCAAGUCAGAUGACAAGAGGCUUUCCAUAUUCACGGGAACAAAGACACUCCAUUUGCGAUGUCAAUCGAGAGAGGAUAGGACAGCGUGGAUUGAGGCUCUUGGGGUUGCGAAAGAUCAGUUCCCCAGGUUGUUGUCAAGUGGUGAUUUUGCAUCUUCCGAAGAUUUUAUCGUUUCAACAGAGAAGCUACGAUCAAGAUUGGUGCAAGAAGGGAUUGGUGAGGCAGUUAUAAAAGAUUGUGAGUCUAUCAUGCUACAUGAGGUCGCUGAGCUGCAAAAUCAGUUGAAGGCUCUUCAACUUAAGCAUAUUAUGCUGCUGGACACCUUAAGACAGUUAGAGACGGAGAAAAUUGAGCUGGAAACAACUGUUGUGGAUGAAACAAAAGAACGAGAUUCAUGUUGUGGACAAGGUCGAAGAUUUAGUGAUUUCUAUUCCAUUAUGUCUGAGGGCAGUGCUAGCGACUCUGAUGCUGACAAUGAAAGUCGAUAUGGAGUAGAUGUUGAAACAGAUGAAGAAGAUGGUGCAUUUUUUGAUACUAAUGACUUUAUGUCUGUUGAAUCUCUUAGAAGUGCUUCUUAUCGCAGUAGAGAGGGUGCUGGAAAUGCUUGUAGUUCAUUAACCUUUGAGAAUGAGAGCCUCUCUGCUCAUACAAGGGAAGUGGGGAUAGAAGUUAAGGCAAUCAAAUAUCCCUAUAUUAAAAGAAGGGAUAGUCUGCCAGAACCAAAGGAAAAAGAGAAGCCAGUUGGUUUGUGGUCAAUAAUCAAGGAUAAUAUUGGGAAAGACCUAUCUGGUGUGUGUCUUCCAGUAUACUUCAAUGAGCCUCUAUCUUCACUGCAGAAAUGCUUUGAAGAUUUGGAGUACUCACACCUGGUUGAUCAGGCACUGGAGUGGGGAAAGCAGGGGAAUGAUUUGAUGAGAAUCCUUAAGAUUGCAGCUUUUGCUGUAUCUGGUUAUGCAUCGACUGAAGGCAGGCAAUGCAAACCUUUUAAUCCUCUACUUGGUGAAACCUAUGAGGCAGAUUAUCCAGACAAGGGGCUACGCUUCUUUUCUGAAAAAGUUAGUCAUCAUCCCAUGGUUGUUGCAUGCCACUGUGAGGGCAGAGGGUGGAAAUUCUGGGCAGAUUCUAAUCUCAAAGGGAAGUUUUGGGGACGUUCAAUUCAGCUUGAUCCUGUGGGGGUUCUAACCCUGCAGUUUGAAGAUGGUGAGACAUUUCAGUGGAGCAAAGUUACUACUUCUAUUUACAAUAUAAUAAUUGGCAAAAUCUACUGCGAUCACUAUGGCACUAUGCGGAUCAAAGGCAGUGGUAAAUAUUCUUGCAAGAUCAAAUUCAAGGAGCAGUCUAUUAUUGAUCGAAAUCCUCAUCAGGUUCAUGGAUUUGUGCAAGACAACAGGACAGGAGAAAAAGUGGCCAUGUUAUUGGGGAAGUGGGAUGAAGCAUUGUAUUAUGUGUUGGGAGAUCCAACUACAAAGCCAAAGGGUUAUGAUCCGAUGACUGAAGCCAUAUUGUUGUGGGAGAGGGACAAAUCUACUCCUAAAACAAGAUACAAUGUCACACCUUUUGCAAUAUCUUUAAAUGAAUUGACACCUGGCUUAAGAGAGAAGCUGCCACCAACUGACUCGAGGCUGAGGCCUGAUCAGCGCCACUUAGAGAACGGAGAGUACGAGCUGGCUAAUGCGGAGAAGCUCAGACUUGAACAGUUGCAGAGACAGGCAAGGAAACUACAGGAGAGAGGUUGGCGACCAAGAUGGUUUUCCAAGGAUGAGGAUGGUUGUUAUCGCUAUGGUGGUGGAUACUGGGAAGCAAGAGAGACACAUAAUUGGGAGGGCAUCUCUGAUAUAUUUGGGCAGACUAGUGAUCCUUCUCCAGUAAUCGAGGAGUAAUUGCCUGUUAAGCCUGCUCUUCAUUUCUCUUGGAGGUACAUCUUAUGUGGAUUUCUACCAAUUAGGAUUUGAGUUUGAUAUUCUUUUUUCACUAUAAAACUGGCUAGUUUAAGCGAUGUGUAUAGCUCUCUUUAGGUGCUUGGUCCAAAGUUCAGCUUGACAUUUUAUCUCAUGGAAAGUUCGGAAAUCAUUCAGCUGAGACUUGGAACUGAUAUCUAAAUUUUAGACUGUUCAAAUGAA